CUUCAGUCACUCGGGAUGGUAUAGUCCAAAAAUGGUCGCUGCUGUCCAUGCGUUUCGAGCUGACUGAAGAAUUUCUGUUUGAUUCUUCGUUGUCCACUUUUCAUAACAUCGAUACUAUUACAGUCACUUCAUACUUGAAAUACAAACGUUUGGAUUAUACAUUAACGUGCAAGAAUGCCUCACAGAAAGAAGAAAGCCUUCAUCAAUAAGAAGAGCGCAGUGUCCUUCCACCUGGUGCACAGAAGUCAGAAAGAUCCGCUUGCUGCAGACGAAACAGCACCUCAGCAUGUCCUUCUGCCCGCCGCCAAGGUGGAGGUGGAGAAGAGGAAGGAGGAGCAGCGCAAGUUCGGAGUGUUUUUUGAUGACGACUACAAUUACCUGCAGCACCUGAGAGAGGCGCCCCAGCCCGCAGAGCUGGUCUCUGCUCCUCGCAUCCGCAGAGACGCACCACCAAAACCUGAAGAGGAUGAAGAGGACGCCAGUGUCCCUACGGCCUCCAUCAACCUGCCCUCGUCUGUGUUCGCGUCUGAGUUUGAAGAGGAAGUAGGUUUAUUAAACAAAGCAGCCCCUGUUUCAGGGCCACGGUUGGAUAUGGAUCCUGACAUUGUCGCUGCACUGGAUGAGGACUUUGAUUUCGACGACCCAGAGAACAUGCUGGAAGAUGACUUCAUCAUCAAAGCCAACGACAUCACGGGUGGUGAUGAGGAUGAUGAUGAUGAAUGGGAGGACACGGAUGAGGAAGAUGAUGAAGACGAGGAGCAAGAUUAUGAUUCAGAAGGUGGUCUGUCUGAGGAUAAGGAAGGCGGCCGGAGAGAGUUCAUGUUUGCAGACUGCGAGACGAAGAGUCGUUUCACAGAGUAUUCGCUCACAUCCUCCGUCAUGAGGAGGAACGAGCAGCUCACGCUCCUGGACGACCGCUUCAAGAAGUUUUACGAGCAGUUCGACGAUGAUGAGAUCGGCGCACUGGAUAACGCAGAGCUGGAGGGCUACAUCGAACCGGACAGCAAGCGACUGGAGGAGGUCAUCAAAGACUACUUCAAACAGAAAGAGAAAGAAUGUCAGAAACCAGAUCAGCUGGGUCCUGCGGAGCUGCCCUCUGUGAAAGAGGAAGAAGAGGAUGAAGACGACGAUGGCGGAGAGGUGGAGAUUGAGACGAUGGUCAUUGAGCCACCUACUGAGCGCUGGGACUGUGAGACCAUCAUCAGUACAUACUCCAACCUCUACAACCGGCCCAAGCUGAUCCAGGACCCACCGAAGACCAAGCAGAUCCGAGUGUCCGAUAAGACAGGGAUUCCUCUGGACGUCCUGCCGAAACGAGGCCUGACGGCCAAACAGGUGGAGAGGAUGGAGAGGAUCAACGACUCGGACCUGCCCCGAGCCUCCACGCAGCCCCGCUCACGGGAGGAGAGCGCAGAGGAGAGGAGAGCCAGGAAACAGGCCUGUGGGCACUUCCAAGUUGAGAGGAGGUCAGAGAAGAAAGCAAACAAACUGGCGUUCAAACAGGAGAAGCAGAUGCAGGAGAAGCAGAUGGUUAAUUUAAGAGCAAACGUUCAGGGACUGAAGCUCUCGUAGGACGGCAGAGACACUCCAGAGACUGUUUCCAACACCAGCGGAGACUACAGGACCUCACUGAAAACACGACAGCUCACAUGGUUUUCCUUACCAGACCUUCCAUGUUUGUCUGACUCACACAGCCAGUAUUGCCAUGGAGACAUCAUAACAAAAGGAAUCUACAGAAACUGUUCUAUUAAAGUUUGAUUGUUUGAAGGAA